GACGACGACGAGUACCAACUACUCCAUUCCAAUGUGUAUAAAUACGGUUGAAAUGAUUGUAUCAAAUCAUAAACAAAUUAACCAUCCUUCAGAGUACAAACAACCAGAUCAAGCUCAGAGCAGUUUUCUUCCCAAAUCCUACCAUCAUCAUCAUCAUCUGAGUGCCUUUUCGGUGGAAAUCAACGUUUUCCUCAACCACAAAUUAAGUGUUCAGUUUUUUUUUUCCAGUGUUCGUAAAAGCGGAUAUUCAACAAUAAUCAUGAAGCUCUUCGUCGCCAUCACCGUCGUCUCCCUGGCUGCGCUGGCUUUGGCCGAACCCCCAGUUCCCCACAGCAACUACCUGCCCCCAAAUGGGAAUAACGGUUACAACUAUCACUCAAACGGUAACGGAGGCGGCAACGGGUUCAACGGGUAUCCGUCGGCCCCAUCGAGCCAAUAUGGAGCCCCAUCUGGUAUCGGAGGAUCCGGAUCCGGUUACAACUAUGCCGAUGCCAACGGAGGAAACGGAAACUCGGAACCGGCCAAGUACUCCUUCCAGUACGACGUCCAGGACUUCCAGUCCGGUAACGAUUUCGGACACAUGGAAUCCCGCGACGGAGACCGCACCGUUGGCCGAUACUACGUGCUGCUCCCCGAUGGUCGCAAGCAGGUUGUGAACUACGAAGCCGACCAGAACGGCUACCGACCAACCAUCACCUACGAAGAUACCGGAGCUGGUGCCAACGGUGCCGGUGGAUACCCAGGCAGCAACCAGGGUGGAUUCCAGGGAUACUAAAUCCAAAACGUCCAGUCCAAGAUCUUUUCCCCAGGACCAAGCGGAACCAAAUCGACCCAAAUCGCACGCGCAACAAAUACGGAACCACGUUAGAAACAAAUUUUCUUUAUUUUAUAGAUCAAUACCUUAGUGAAAUGUUCUCUAGGGAAGGUUGGUUCAAAAGUCUUGAACCAAUUCUUCCUGAUGGCCAGUAUUUAUUACGGAAGCAACUUCAUCAUCCAACUUACUUUGGAGCAUUUCAGUUAUUAUUAUUGAGCCAAAUUAUUAUUUCAACAAGUUUCAUACAAUUUUUUCAACGACCCACGGCUUCGAACACUGGAAAAUGAUUUCAAAUUGAACAAAAAAAACGACACAAACGCAAAACGUUAUAUGUUAAUCGCACUUAAACAAACAAAAAAUGCAAUACCAGUUCGCUUUAAUUAGUUAAACAAACUAUAAGUUCUAGGGAAACAAACAACCGAUUGUUUCUACAGUCAAAACAAGAACAAAACAAAACCCUCUACUUCCAAAGGAUCAACUAUUCUUGGAAGGAGAGUCGACAAAAAAACACAACCAAUUAAUUACUUUUUAGUACCUAGUAUGCAAGUGUAAAAACUUUUGUGAGGAAAACGAUGAUUAUACUGCCAUACACGAACAAAAAGCAAAAGACAAAAACCGCUUAAGAUCGAAGAAACAACCUACAAAAUCAAAACUGUUGAACAGUCUUUGCCAAUAACACCUUGGAGCAAAAACUGAACAGUUUGAAACAAAUUUAAACAAGGCACUGGGACCCCCUCCCAUCAGAGGGUAAACGGCUCUCAGUGGAGGGGAAUCCCAACAAAAACACAAAACAACCCCUGUAGAAGAAAACCUCUGUAAAUAUUCUAAGCGUUAUUUGUACAUUCUGUAAUAAUUUUUUUUAAACAAAACAUGAAAACCAAUGUUUCGCCAGUAUCACACAAAAUACUAGGCGAACGUUGAAGUGUAAAAAAAGCUAAGAAAAAAUACAAAAUAAACGAGCUCGAGGUAUUACGGGCGACUCUCUUCGUUCUACGAAGGUGUUACAGACUUGAAAGCGGUGUCUGUAGGUUGAAACUUAAGCCUACAAAUGCUGUUCUGUAACAGUAGAACUGAAGAGUAGUUGAACGUUUGCUUCGGGAUUUUAAACUUAAAA